AUGGACUUGGACUCUUACCUCACAGAGGCGGUGGAGAUCCUAUCCAAUACCCCAUUCAUAGAUGGUCAUAAUGACUGGAUGCACUUGAUACGCGGCUACUAUGAUAACAAACUGGACGAGCGGUUUGGAUCGCAGAGAAACCUCGCCGGCCACGUGGACCUGAAGCGGCUCAUCCAAGGGAAGCUCGGGGGAGCGUUUUGGAGCGUCUACGUUGACUGUCCCCAGGAAGACAACUUUGCCGAUGAUGCUAUCCACUUCGAGGCCAUCCGGGACACUCUCCAGCAAAUCGAUAUCUUACUCCGUAUCGUAGAUCUAUACUCCGGCAAUAUGGCCCUGGUUCACCAUGCGGAUGACAUUAUGAGGAUAUUCAGCCAGGGGAAAUGUGCCAGUCUCAUUGGAGUAGAGGGCCUUCACCAGAUUGGAAAUAGCUCCAGCAUUCUGCGGAUUUAUCACAAGCUCGGUGUGCGCUAUGUUACGCUCGCCCACAACAAGAAUAAUCUCUAUGCUGAUAGUGCGACCUCUGCCGCCCCAGAUCACCAUGGCUUAUCAGAUGAAGGGAAGGCUUUGAUUCGAGAGAUGAACCGCAUCGGAAUGAUUAUUGACCUGUCUCAUACGAGCGAGGCGGCCAUGCUGGCCGCCAUUGAGAUCUCGGCCGCCCCGGUGAUUUUCUCUCACUCAUCAGUUUACGGGAUUGUACCUCAUCCACGAAACGUACCAGACCAUGUCCUCGAUAAACUGAAGGAUAACGGAGGCGUCAUCAUGAUCAGCUUUAUUCCAAACCUAACUCACAAAGAUGCAGCCAUGGCAGACAUUGACGCAUUGAUAGACCAUAUUGUAUAUGUGGGAAAACGGAUAGGCUACGAUCAUCUGGGUCUCGGGUCUGAUUACGAUGGAAUGGCGAAGGCUGUGACCGGUUUGGAGGAUGUUUCGAAGCUGCCCCGGUUAGUGGCGCGGAUGCGAAGUCGCGGAAUAUCCCGUCAAGAUGUCGAGAAGGUCAUUGGCCUCAAUGUAAUCCGCGUACUUCGUGCAGUCGAGGAUGUGGCCAAGUCUCUUUCUGGUGAACCAGUUCUGGAAGAUAAGGUCAAGCAACUAUGGGGUCCGACUAUGCGAGAUUUCGUGAUGCGAGAAUACCCAGACGCGGAGCCGCACGAAGGGGCAAGGACGUGA